ACUUCAGGAAAUCUAAAUUAUGAAUAUUCAGAAUUUUUCUUAACAUUUUACAAAAUUCCAAAAUUAACAAAAAAAAUUAAAUUAAGCUUAUCUAAAAUAUCGUCCAUCAUGUACUCAAAAUCUAGUGAGACCACCGGCGAAGAAACAAAUGAUAGCAGUCACGCUACUCAUUUGAAAAACAAAACGAAUUUGACUACCAGUUCUGUUGCAACAAGCACACAGAAGACUAACUGGUUACCUUCAUCGGAUGAAGAAACUUACCGUACAGUUGUGGUAAACUAUCGAUAUGCCAAAAUGGAUAAGAACUAUCCUCGUAACACCGGUGCAAUAUCAAAGAAAAAGCAUUGGAAUCGUAUGACUGCCUCUUUGACCACCAAACAGAAUAGGAAUGAAGAGGAAGCGGAGUAUGAUGAUGUUCCUAAUUUGCGAAAGCUUUAUGAUUGCUCCAAAGAAGAAUUAUGUACAUACCAUACCCCAAAACCUUCAUAUGAGAAUUUAUCUACUCCAUUUCAUGAAUCAGCCAAGGAAGCUAUCAAAUUGGAAGUUUAUUGCUUGCCAGUAGAACAGGAAGCAAUAGUGGAGGAACCGCAAGUAAACACAAUUGAAGAAAAUGAAAUCAAAUCAGGCACUUUAAAAGAUAAUACUUACGUUUACGAUGAAACAAAAUCGCAGGAGAGCUCAGAAGAAUGCGUUGAGGAAAGAACCGAUAACUCUUUAGACACAACCCAAAUUACAGGAAAUUAUCCGUCAUAUUCCGAUUUUGUAUUUCUGGCUGACCGUGAAAUUGGCGAAACACCAGACUUCGAUGCGGACUAUUGUUGUGCCAUGACUAAGAAUAAAAUAGAUGGCACUCAGCAGACUUGCAUUAUCAAAAACAAUACAAGAGCAACACAAAAACCUGAACGAAAUAAUGAACAGUUGCAAACAAUUAAGAAGUCUGGUAAACGCUCUAGUGCCCUCAAUACACAAAACUGUGAAAAUUGUUUAGAGCUUACGGUAGCAGAAAUACCAAAAGAAACUGGCAAGCAAAAAUCUGCACAAAAUCAAGGUGGCUUCCGUCAGCGUCAACAGGAACUGCACCGAUAUCGCAUUGCAGUGGAACAAAAACGUUUAGAAUUACUAGAAGUAAAAUUGCAACGGGAACGGGAGGAGAUGUUGCGUGAGCAAAUACUCUUCGAAAAGGAGAUCGAAUUCAAAACGUCACAGAUAAGACAGCUUAACGAUGAUAAGAUCGUUGACAUAUUGUGAGGUUAUGUAUGUUGCAUCACUUCAAACCGGAAAAGUACGAACAGAAAAGGAAACGAAGGUAGUAAGCAAAAAAUGAAUUCAACGUUAAUUACAGUUAAUAUAUAUCAUUAGCAAAAAAGGAACGAUGUCAAAUUUCACCAAAUUACAAUUUGUUACAAUUUUUUCAAUAAAUAUCCUAUACAAAAUUUUACAAUAUA